AUGACCAUAGGCGCUUUAGAAAAUAAUAAGGCUCGGCAGGAACCAGGUGAAUUCUCACCACGAUCUUGGCAAGGUCCUGCCGGCUUGGGACUCAUUUUAGAAGUACAAAUUUCAUCUUCAAACUAUUCAGACGUACCUACCCCAUAUUGUAAACAUUUGAUUGUUGAACAAAAAUAUUACAAAAUGAAAAAUGAGAUAUCUCCAUUUUCGGACAUGAAAUCCUUAUACAAAGUUAUUAGAAAAGCGGCUAGAGUUUGCGGAGCUGAUGUAUUUGUUCCCAGUUAUAGAAUUAAUAUCAUAACAGUUUUUAUGUGGCUUUCAAUCGCUACGUUUUUUAUAUUUGCCUUUUAUACAAUAUGCAUAAAAUUUCACGAAGAUUGGAAAAUUAUCUUUGAAACUCUAUGUUUAGCUGGGGGAGCUUUACAGGGAACUGCAAAGUUUUUUACAGUAUUCAUGAAACAAAAACAAAUACGUCAAUUAAAAGAUAAAAUUUAUGAGGUUUAUGAAUACUACGAAACUAAUAAUGUAAAUUUCCGAAUGAUUUUACAGGAGUCAAUGAAACGUAUUAAAUAUACUAUAAUUUUUAAUAAUGUAGCCUGGCUGGUUGCUGGUAUAUACGCUGUUUGCAUUCCUGUAUAUUAUAAAAUUUUUAAAAAUGAACAAAUACUUUUGAUACAAUUUUUAAUACCCAAAAUCGAUCCCAGUACUGAUUUUGGUUAUGCAGCUUUGUAUGCAAUUCAAUCUACUUGUAUAUUUUUUGGUCUUUUUGGAAAUAUGGCUGGAGAUACGUACUUUAUAUUAAACGUUUUAAUAAUUUUGGACAAAAAGGUUAAGAAUAUAGUUUUUCGUGAUAUAAUCAAAUGGACUCAAGAAACUUUUGAUUUUAGUGAACAAUUCAUUAGUAUUACUUUUGUUAUGGUAAGUAUGGAGGUGUUCUUUUGUGGAGUUAGCGCAAUUUUUAGUGUAUAUAUAAUAAUGACUGGGAAUUGGCCAGCUGCAUAUCCAUAUUUUGUACUUAAUUUCAUUGCACUUUAUAUAUAUUGCUUUUUGGGAACUGCAGUUGAUAAUGCGGCUGACAAGUGUAUUGAUAUUAUUUAUGACAUGGAAUGGUAUAAUUUAGAUUUGAAAUCUCGAAAAAUGAUUUUACUGGUGCUAAUGAAAGCUCAAAAGAAAACCGCUUUUACAGUUGGCGGGGUGGCACCAUUAUCUGUUAACACAGCUUUACAAGUAACAAAAACAAUUUAUAGCUUUUUUAUGAUGUUAAUGAAUUUUGUUGAAUAA